ACUGGGAGAUCUUGAAGAAGCCAUACUGUCUCAGCCUCAGAGGAAAGCAAUGGCAAUAAAUAUCCUCUGAAUAACAAAGACUGCCAAGAAAGUCCUAGGAGAGGGUGAGAUGGAGUUGAAGGCACAUAUUAACAUUUAACUGAGGAACAAUAAAUAGGAACAACCAUUUGGGUCAAAAAGGAGGACUGCUGGGCUGAGGAAGAGCCAAGGGGCCUUGAUCCAACUUUGUCCCUUUCCUCUGCAGACUCUCUUUCGACAAACAGCCAAAGAGUGUGGCAUGGAGGCCAUUAUAAAGCUCAGGAAGAAGUGCUUGGAAAGAGGAGCCUUGGGGAUCCACGGUCUGGCCAGGUUUUUCCGCAUCAUGGAUGACAACGGGAGCAAAUCUUUGGACCUGGAGGAAUUCCGGAAGGGUCUCCAGGACGCCGGGGUCCCUCUGGAAGGGGGCGACGUGGAGGAAAUCUUCCACUUUUGUGAUAAAAACAAGAGUGGGACCCUCGACUUCAAUGAGUUUCUGGAAGCUCUGCGGCCCCCGAUGUCCAAAGCCAGGAAGGAGAUAAUCGGAGAGGCGUUCCAGAAACUGGACAGGACAGGAGAUGGACUGGUGACAGUGGAAGACCUUCGGGGGGUCUACAACAGCUGCUCGCACCCCAAAUUCAAGAGUGGAGAGUGGACAGAGGACCAGGUCUUUCGGGCCUUUCUGGACAGCUUUGACUCCCCUGACAACAAGGAUGGGAAGAUCACAGCUGAAGAAUUUCUUAACUACUACAGUGGAGUAAGUGCCUCUAUCGACAGUGAUGACUAUUUUGUGAAUAUGAUGAAGGCGGCCUGGAAGCUGUAGCAAGGAGGCAGGCAGCCUCACCUGAAGUAGUGGCAGUUAGACAAGAUUACACACAUGUUGGUUAGAUUUGCCUGGGACUUUCUGCGCACGAAGCAAGGGGUGACAUGUUGCCCAACAAGGUCAGGAUCUGCAAAUACAGCAGAAGACAGCAGCAAAG